AUGGAUAGUCGAAGAAACGCUAUUCUGCCGAUGGCCAUUAAUGCGAGUGAACAACUGUUCAGAUCAUUAUUCAGGGAGGUACUGGAAAGCGAUGAGGAGGAUGAGUUGGUCGAGGCAUUUUUAUUGGAAGUCCAUCUAAGGCUACGUGGCGCGUCGAGAAAAGCUAUACGAAUUGAAGGUUAUGUAGAAGAGAUAGUCCCAAGAUUUAAUACAAAACAAUUCCGUGAACAUUAUAGAAUGUUGCCUAGUACAUUCGAACUAUUAGAAAAUCGUCUUGGGCCUAUUUUGGCAGGGGACCCUAUUAAUAAACCUUGCAUCCCUGUUCGUACACAAUUGCUUGCUACACUGUGGUUGCUAGCAACGCCAGAUUCUUUCAGGUCUGUAGGUCUGAAACAUAAUCUCGCAAAGUCAUCCUUAAAUGUUAGUGUUCAACGAGUCGUUGCAGCUCUUAAUGAUAUGGCAGGAAAUGUUAUUAGAUGGCCAGAAGGAAAUUGCCUUGAUGUUGUUAAACAAAAGUUCCAAUGUCUUUCCAAUAUGCCAAAUGUAAUUGGUGCGAUUGAUGGCUGUGAUAUAAGCAUUGAUGCUCCUAAGGAACAUUCACUGCAUUAUAAGAUAAGAAAAAAAAAUUAUGCUGUGGUUCUUCAGGCAGUCUGUGAUUCAGAACUGAGAUUUAUUGAUUGUUUUGCCGGUUAUCCUGGUUCAGUGGGUGAUCGACGCAUUUUUCGAAACUCUGAUUUGUUUUGGGCUGCAGAGCAUAAUAUGAAUGCUCUCUUCCCAAAUGGUGAAUAUAUCAUAGCUGAUAAGGCAUAUCCUGUAUUAUCAUGGUGCAUUCCUUCAUAUAUUGACAAUGGCCGCUUAACACGAGCACAGAAACACUUCAAUUCAGUACUGUCGCUGACAAGACAAGUCAUUGAACGUUGUUUUGCAUUGUUGAAAGGAAGAUUUCGACGAUUGAAGCAUCUAUGUAUGAAAAGACUAGAUCUAAUUCCAAGUUUCAUUCUUGCGUGUUGUGUGUUGCACAAUAUUUGUCUAUAUGGGUUUGAAGAGAACCAUGUAGAAGAAGAUAAUGUUGAUGAUUUCAUUGAGGAAGGUUUUCAAACUGAAAGACAACUAGUACGGGGGAAUGAUGAUGAUGAUCAUGUAGGCUUACAGCAGGAAGGUGAAGCCAAGAGAGCCUACCUUGUAAACAUUUUCGAAAGAAAUAAUCGAUAA